GUCUCUUGUCCCCCUGACACACCAGUCCCAAAAACCCACGGUAUCGUGAGACGCACAGACCCUAUCACCCUAACUGCCGCCGCCGGUGACCGGCGACGGCGAUCCCGAUGGGCGCGUCGGCCUCCGUGUUCUCGCUCCCCACGGCCGCCGCGCUCCCCGCAGCCGCCACCGCCGUCGCCGGGGCCGCCGGCUGCUUCGCGCUGGGCUACCUUCUCGCCCUCACACGCCUCCCGCGCCACGCCGCCGCCCCAGGUUCUGGGGGCCCCUCCGAUGACGAUUCCGAGGAUGACUCGGAAGAAGAUGAUGAUGACGAAAACUCCGGCCGCAGCCGCGCCGCGAAGCGGGCGGGCGGCGGGCAGAAGAGGACCGGGCUCCGGCUGCUCUACUGGGCACGGAACGUGGUGACCAAGUCCGACUCGGCCAGGGAGACGGAGAGGUCCCAGUCUCAGGCCGCCGCCAGCCCCCUGGAGAUCGAGAACCUUGCUGAGAUAAUAGAAGAUUUCAAAAUGGUGCUGGUCGUGAGGAAUGAUCUGAAGAUGGGUAAAGGGAAGAUUGCCGCACAAUGCAGCCAUGCAACUCUUGGGCUAUUCAAAAAACUCCAACAGAGAGCUCCGAAAUCACUAAGAAGGUGGGAGCGGUGUGGGCAAGUUAAAGUGGUUGUGAAAGUAGAAAGCGAGGAGGAUAUGCUUGUUUUACAAGGGAGAGCAAAGUCUUUGAAUCUGCCAACUCACAUAACCAUAGACGCUGGAAGAACACAGAUUGCUCCAAAUUCAAGGACAGUCAUGGCUAUUCUGGGGCCAGCUGAUAUGGUUGAUGACGUUACUGGCGGUCUGAAGCUUUUGUAGAAAAUCACCUUGUCAGCAUCCUCAACUUGGGUCUUCAUAGAGCAGUGCUGGAACUUUACAGCCCACAGUGAUCUCCGCACUUUCACUGAUGUAUGGUAGAAGAAUGAACCUCGGCCUUGUUGCUUGUCCCGAUCUUCUUGUCCAUGAAUUUAUUUGAAAGGAGGUUGCAUUCAUUUUCACUUGUAUCGACUGUUAUUUUUGGAGUUGUGAUUUUAGCAGUUCCAGUUGGGUGUUAGAGAACUUAAAUGUUGAGAAUUAUAGACCAUCAUUUCCUCUGUAACAUAGAUAAGAAAAGGUUUCACUGUUGUCCCUUUC